AUGGGAUCGCCUGCAGCUCCCGAGGGUGCGCUGGGCUAUGUCCGAGAGUUCACUCGCCAUUCCUCCGACGUGCUUGGCAACCUGAAUGAACUGCGCCUGCGCGGGAUCCUCACGGAUGUCACGCUGCUGGUUGGCGGGCAACCCCUGCGGGCACACAAGGCCGUUCUGAUCGCCUGCAGUGGCUUCUUCUACUCAAUUUUCCGAGGCCGAGCCGGAGUCGGGGUGGAGGUGCUCUCCCUGCCUGGAGGCCCAGAAGCGCGAGGCUUCGCACCUCUUCUGGACUUCAUGUACACCUCUCGCCUGCGUCUCUCUCCUGCCACUGCUCCUGCCGUCCUGGCGGCGGCCACCUACCUACAGAUGGAACAUGUGGUCCAAGCAUGCCACCGCUUCAUCCAGACCAGCUGUGAACCUCUGGGCAUCUCUCUGCAGCCCCUCGUGACAGAACCCCCCACACCACCAACGGCUCCUCCACCAGGCAGCCCCAGGCGCUCAGAAGGGCACCCAGACCCUCCCACUGAAUCUCGCAGCUGCAACCAAGGUCCCCCAAGUCCGGCCAGCCCUGAUCCCAAAGCCUGCAACUGGAAGAAGUACAAAUUCAUCGUCCUCAACUCCCAGAGCUCCCAAGCAGGCAGCCUGGUGGGAGAGAGGAGUUCCGGUCAACCUUGUCCCCAAGCCAGGCUCCCCAGUGGAGAUGAGGCCUCCAGCAGCAGUAGCAGCAGCGAGGAAGGUUCCGUUCCUGGUUCCCAGAGCAGGCUGUCUCUGUCUGCUGCCGCUGCCCAGCUCAAGUGCGGGGCACCGGUCCAUAUCCCCCAACUCCUCACUCCUCGGACUCUAGAGACCACUGAGCGUGCUCGCCCACCACCAGGAAGUGAUUUCUUCAGCUGCCAGAACUGUGAGGCUGUCCCUGGGUGUUCAUCGGGGCUGGACCCCUCAGCUCCUGGGGAGGAAGACAAGCCCUACAAAUGCCAACUCUGCCGGUCUGCCUUCCGCUACAAGGGCAACCUGGCCAGCCACCGCACGGUGCACACAGGGGAAAAGCCCUACCACUGCUCCAUCUGCGGAGCUCGCUUUAACCGGCCGGCCAACCUGAAGACACACAGCCGCAUCCACUCUGGAGAGAAGCCUUACAAGUGUGAGACGUGCGGCUCGCGUUUUGUGCAGGUAGCGCAUCUGCGCGCACACGUGCUCAUCCACACCGGGGAGAAGCCUUACCCUUGCCCCACCUGCGGGACCCGCUUCCGCCACCUGCAGACGCUCAAGAGUCACGUUCGCAUCCACACGGGAGAGAAGCCUUACCACUGUGACCCCUGCGGCCUGCAUUUCCGGCAUAAGAGUCAACUCCGGCUGCACCUGCGCCAGAGACAUGGAGCUGCCACCAACACCAAAGUGCACUACCACAUUCUGGGGGGGCCCUAGCUGAGUGCAGGCCCACCCUCCCUCCACAUUUGCUUUCUAAAGGCCUGCAAAGCUACAUGCUCAGGCAUGGGGUGGGGGGAGGGAGUGUGCAGGGCCACUCCAGUAUGAGAAACUACCGCCACUUUCCAUUUCUUCCUGGGGAGAGCAGGAGGGGCAGACCCUGGUGAGAUCUGCCUCUGUUUUGCUGGUCAAAACCUCUUCCCCACGAUGCAGAUUGUCUAGGCAGGGGCUGGGGGGACAGGAGUGAGAGCCUGGGGGGUCUGCUUUCCUUCAGGGAGCUGCCCUCCUGCUGCAGCCCCAGCCCCUAGCACAUGUAGUGUCUCUGUACAUAUAAUUUAUUGAGGCCCCUGGGUGCACUGAGGCCUCCACUGUAUGGCAUUUCCCACUCCCCUCUUCCACAAGUGUGACCCAAAGUGACCUCAACGCAGAAGAAUUGGUCACGGCUCUGCUGGCAGAGAUCAAUAGCACUUGGCUAUGUGCCCUGUGGCCUGCGUGGCUGUGUUACAGUUGGAACUGUUACCUUGAGACUUGUCCUUGCUCCUGUUGGUUUGUUUUAAACAGAGAAAGGGGUUCUCUGGGUCCUGCCCUUCCUGUGCUGGGUCUGGAACCUUGACUUGUUUGAGGGCAGCCCCGGGGAACAUGUGGGGUUGUGGAAUUGGGUCAGGAACCCUCCUUGUUCUCCUGGAUGUUGUAGGUUCUCUAGCAGGCUAGAAAUGGAUGUAGAUUUUUUUCCCCUCCCUGUUCUUCAAAGGUUCUUAAGAACCUCUCUGGGUGUGUGCAAAAUGGAGCUAGGAAAUGCCCCCCCUUCAGUCGGGACUGAAGUCUGGCACCCUGAGCGGAGGUGGGAGUCUUUCCUGCAGGGUGGCCCCAUUCAUUCACCUGCUCACGUGGGGUCUUCCUUUAUUCAUCUCACGAUAGAACUCACCAGACUACAGGCGAGUCUAGCAUCUUCCGACUGGCACCUGUUCUUAGCCUGAUUCCUCCCUGGGGGAGAGAUCAAAAACUCCCUAUCAAACAGGAUGUUAACCUUUUCCUGAUUCUUCCUGUUCUCUGUGAAUAUUCUAACUCUGGGGAGACUCACACAAUUUUCACCUUCAUUAGAGGGAACCGACUUCUGCUGCAGAAGCAACUGAGUCUGUGUUCUCGGGGUUCUCUGCCUGAAGUGAGCCCCUUCUUCCUUUAUUGGGUUUCUGGACAUCUUCCAGCAAGUGUCCAGAUUCCAGAACUUUCUUUGCCUCUUGAAGUCACAGGUGCUUGAUCACUUUCUCACCAGAGAUAAGCUGGGUCUGCGACCCAUGCCUGCAUUCCUGUCUGGGACAGGUGAUUGCACCAAUA